AUGUUCAAAAGUCCUAUUAACUUGCGAAUCGAAGUGAAAAAAGAGUAUACGUCGGAAGGUGUCUCGGAUCCUUCACAAAGAAACAACGUUGUCAAUUCUCCAAAGAAUUCACCCGAGAAAGAUUGCCAUUUAUCUGAACCAGAUGUUUUGCCAGGGGUUGAUGUCCCUCGUAAACAACCGACUUGUCAAGGCAAAGUUGGGCACGUGUAUGGCGACCCGGAAAUUGAGAAUGCGCAGGAAUCGGACAGCGGUGAUCAAGAUGCCGUUAAAGAAUACAGCUAUCAGCAACGUGUACCCUUAAGUGGGGAGCCAGUUUGCGUGGUUUGUGGGAAGUAUGGCGAGUAUAUUUGUGAUGAAACUGAUCACGACGUUUGUAGCAGAGAAUGCAAGAAAAUUGAUAUAGAACGAACGAAGGCGAAUAAUUUUAAUCGUUCAGAUUUAACUAUGAAAGAACGAGCUGUAUCCUUGAAUAAUGCGGUACAAGCGCACUUUCAAAUAUGCCCUAACAUCUUUCACGCACAACUUACUUCGUAUAUUCCUCAUCCUGAAAUAAUUAAACUUUCAGAGAUUCAAGUGAAAUCGUUGUUGACAAAAAAUCGAAUUACUGUUCAGGGUAAAAGCAUUCCGCGGCCCAUUGCUAGUUUUGCACAUUGCAAUUUACCGUCAACCAUGUCCGACAACUUGCUUGAGUCAGGAUACGUUCAACCGACGCCAAUACAAAUGCAAGUCAUAUCUGCGGCGUUGUUUGGGCGCGAUGUACUGGCCAGCGCACAGACGGGAUCAGGUAAAACCGUGGCAUUCUUGAUUCCGAUAAUUGUGCAUGCUUGGUCGCUAUCUCAAUUUCACGAAGGUAAAGGAGGUCCUUACGCGGUGAUUAUGGCACCAACAAGAGAACUAUGCAUGCAGAUCGAAGAUCAAACGAAGAAGUUGAUAAAGGGUUUAAUUAAUAUGCGGACUGCUCUAAUAGUUGGCGGACUGCCAAUGCCCAAUCAAGUUCAUCGUCUUAAAAAAGGGGUACAAAUAGCCAUCGUCACCCCCGGAAGAUUUCUGGAUGUGAUAAAUCAACAUGAAGAAUUCAAUAUGAAUAAUAUUCACAUUGUUGUUAUAGACGAAGUAGACAUGAUGUUUAAGAUGGGAUUUGUAAAACAGGUCACAGAAAUAUUGGGGAAGAUGCUCAUAUCUUCGACAAAUGUGUACCGACAGACUCUCAUGUUCUCUGCAACGAUUCCUGAAAGCGUGGAGAAGCUUGCAAAUUCUAUGCUUCGUGACCACAUUCGCAUCACAAUUGGCGAUCAUUCGGGAAAAAAUACAGCAAACGACGGAAAUUCCACGAACACCUUUCCAAACAUUCCAGUCAAACAAACAAUACUUUGGGUGGAGAAUAAAUCAAAAAAGAAGCAGUUGUUUUCCCUUCUAAAUGAUCCAAAAUAUUACAAACCACCUAUAGUCAUAUUUGUAGAGUCCAAGUUGGGAGCGGAUUUGUUAUCUCAAGCGAUCGAAAAAAAAUGUGGAAUAAGAGCCUUGAGCUUGCAUGGCGAUAAACCACAGGAGGAGCGAACUCGGAUCCUUCAGUCAUUUUUAAAUGGUGAAUUUGAAAUAAUCGUGGCUACUGGAAUUUUAAGUAGAGGAUUGGAUUUGCCUGGUGUCAACAUGGUAGUGAAUUUUGACAUGGCAACAACAGUUGGUGAAUAUGUUCAUCAAGUUGGUCGUGUUGGAGGAACGGUCAAUCAAGGUUGGGCGAUCACUUUUAUCAAUGAGGAUAAUAAAAAUCUUUUCAAAGAGUUUGUCACACUGUUGAGAGCACAGCCCUCAGGUCGAGUGACCCCUUUACCAUCCAAACUGCUUAACCAUGGAUACACUUUAUAUGGAAAUAAUAAGGGCAAGUGA